GAAUCCAAUCCGCCACUCAUUGGAUCCUGCAGAGACUUCGUGCUCCUCUACGUCUAGUGUAGAUUAUGGCAUUGGAUAAUAUCAGUCCACUCAUCCUCAUGUUGAAGCAGAGUUUGUUUUCAGUAGUUUUGGGAGUUGCAGUUUGGAAAUUACAAUCUGAGAUUGGUACAUUCUUGGACAUACCUCGAGUUUCGAUCAGUUACUUAAAUCAAGCUCUGCCGAACGACGAUCUGCUCGGUACUGUCUUCUCCUCGAAAAUUACUGCUCGCCGUCCUCGAGAAAGUCGUUUGCAGGUAGAAGACUGAAGUAAUUUUCGGCUUUUCAAGGGAUACCCUGGCACACGAAGUGGAUCUGCGUACUUGGACCACACUGCGUAUCUGCACGAGUUCCGUGAGCUUGAAGGAAUUUUCCAUCGCUUUAGGCCAUUCUCAGCCAUUUCGGCUGGACGGAGGGAAGCUUUGGGAUGUUAUGGCCCUGAAUAAAUUGUUCCUCCCUGCCAGAUAAUUUGGAAGCAAGGUUCUCUACGGGCCAACCGUAUUCAAAACGUUGUCUACGAUUCUCGUGUGUUGCCUCAAGAAUUCGACGACAAGCUCAUUUGCCUCGUCAGAGGCUUCAGAAGCUUCAAGGAGGCAUCCACUGCGUGACUAAUUCCCAGCCUACAUGACUAAUCUGUGUUCAUUACUUUGAGAGUCGCUCAGUUCAGCGGGUGUAUAAUCAUGUGGGGUCGACCAAACAUAGGCUACUACCCCUAUGGGUGACCUCCACAAUAAUUUCUGUUGAGCUUGAUUUGUUAUUGAUCAUCACAGCGACUUUUGGUGCAGCAUAAGUCUAGAUAUUGACGGUUGUCAUACAGCCUUAGACAGCUGACGCUGGUAUAGUUCACUGGACUUUCCUUCUUAUCAAAGUAGGCUUGCUACGCGGGUUCAACAUAUGACAGAGAUGAGUCACGUACCUGUUACUGAGGCAUCACCUCCGAGCACAUUCUAGAAAUAAAAACAGAGACUUAACGCAGGCUGGAGGACACGGUGAAAUUUCAGCUUCUCUUCGUGCUAUCCACUUGACACUAGUGAGUUCCUGUCCCAGGCUUACAAUGAUGUUGUGUACUGUUAACUAUUUAAAUAAAAUGACGGACGAGGCUUCGUCCAGAAAGAGUUAAUGGGAUGAGCUACGUGUAGCAAUCACGAAGGAACUAUCCGUAGAAGGUAAGAAUUACGUGUCGACAGAGGUUCGUUGUAAACUAGGGCCACAUACGGAGCCCAACAAGCUAUCCAAUCCACAGAACACACAGAACCAAUACUGCGAAUGUAAUAGAAACGAUUCUAGUCAGACGACAGGAUUCAGCGAGCACAAACACUAGGACUCUUACGGGCAUCGGGAAAGAGGUGAGCGUACAACUUCCUCUCCAAGCGUAAUUACGUUCACAGUUGAAUUGCAAAAAAACUCUCGUGGCCAGAGUUUUACAGCCCAUCAACUGACACAGCAAAGAUAUGCAGACAGGGAAUUGCAACAGGAUAAGAAGGCAGACCCGUUCGACAAUUACGCCAGCACACUUGCCUCUCUAACAUCGACCAUCGAGCUCUCCAAGCUCCAUAGGUGACACCCGUCUUCGAUCGACGAGGCUCGUUUCGAAGACCAGGGCCGCAAUCGUCUUCGAUGAGAGGAUUCUACUCAGUCGAUCAUCGGCUCUAAUCCUCUCAGGGAGUACUAUUGUGGUGGUAGAGGCAGGGAACUUAUACUCGCAUGGAUUCCAAUUGUUCCAGCUGAUGACGCAGGUCCUCAAUUCUGAGCGGCG